ACACAGAUGCUACCAGACGUGCUGAGCUUUUCCAUCAGCUUUGCUUUUGUUCCUGAUUGACAGCAUCUGCAGUUUUUUUGGUUUUAAAUCCAGCAACAAGUUUAAUUAACUUUUACACUGGCUGCUCUGACUUGUAUUAUUUGAAAAACAAGCCGCACACUAGCAAAAACGUAACUCGUCUUUUCUUUCGUUUCAGAUACUAACUGACCUGUUGUACUUUCUGCCUACACUGUUCAAUUUACAGAUGACCGUAAUAAUCUGUGGUGGCGGCCGCAACCAGAAAGCACGGCGUGUUCAGUUUCCAGGAAAAAUUAAAUUAAGUUUGCACGGCGAUAGAAAGUGUCAGCACAAACUUUCGAUGAAAUGAGACUCGUCGCUUCUCAUUUGUCAAGCAGUGGAUGACAAACAACUGCAAUAUUGUCUGUGACGACGAACAAACAGUAUACGCCGCCCUAAACAAGGAACACGAUUGUUCCAGAAAGCUGGCAGGGUUACAAGUGGGAUCGUUUUCAAAUGAUUGCAAAUCAGUUCUAUUCGUGACUUCUUGAAUACUGAAGUGGUGCAUGUGAAAUGCAGCAAGACCUGGACAGUGUUCAGACUUGGGCUGAAAAGUGGAGGGCAGAAAACGGAGGUAGUAAUACACAAGAUGACCCUUUCACCUCAGAUCAAGUUACCAAACUCUUAACUGAUAACGGGAGAGUAACAUUUCUGUUGAAAGAGUUGAAUGCAGUGGCAGAAACUAAUAAAAAGCUUCAGGCUAAACUGUCAGAAAAAGAGCACGAAUUAGAAAGUCUAAAGAUUGACACAGAAUUGCAAGAAAAAGCAAUAGAAGCCAAGAUAGCUGAAAAGGCUACAGUUCUAAUUGAAGAAAUCUAUCGUGCACAAAAGGAACGGGAUGCAGCAGUUAUGGCUCGACUUAGACUUGCCAAUGAAGAAAGAGAUGAAGCCCUUAUCCGAGCUAAAUGGCUAGAACAGGCCUUUGAAGGGUUGGAAAAUAUUAACCCUGAAGAAAAUGACAUGACAUUACAGGAAUUACUGAACCGAAUCAACAAUGCAAAUACCAGGAGAUCUAUUGAUAAGAAUGAAGAUUUAAUUGUGGAUCGAAUACACAAAGCCAGAGAGCGAAAGAAGAAAAUCACUGCUGAAGAAAUUAAUGCAGUUAUUGAGGAAAGAGAUUAUGCUUUAGGAAGAUGCAAACAGUUGGAGCAGGAACUUCAUCUUUUGAAAGAGCAGAACGAGGCAUUGGCAAAUAAUACGACACAACCGACGACUGAAAACAAUCAAGAACGUGCCUUGGAGGCUGAAUUACUUACAGCACAAAAAGAAAGAGACAACGCUUUAGAGCGAUGUAAGGAACAAGAGGAAGAAAUUCAGACACUGAGACUUUAUUACAGCUUACACAAAUCUUUAUCUUCAGAGGUUAGUGUCACCGACAAGUUCAACACCGCGCUAGGCACUUAUGAUGAUGCUUUAUGCACUAGCAAGGGCAUUAUGAUAGCCACGCUCCGCCAAAAUGAAGAUCUAGCAAACCAGUUACAACUGGCUAUAGCAGAACAGGCGAACAUGAAGAUUAAACUGCAGCAAGCCUUGGAAGCCAAAAUCCAACUGAGUGAAAAAGUUCAGAAGUUGGAACGGCUGGUAGACGUCCUGAGGAAAAAGGUUGGAGCCGGGAACAUCAGGACGGUGUCUUGAUUGAGUAGCAGUGUCUGACGAUGUAGUCACAUCUGGUGACCAGGCCAUUCUAUUCAUCUUUCUACAAAUAAAAAAGCCUGGUUUGAGCAAACAA